AUGGCAACUCCGGCAUGGAGUCUUGCCGGCAAGACUCAUUUGGUAGUUGCUGUUUUGGCAAUGCUCGUGGGUUUGACCUUGGCAACGGAACCUUAUUACUAUAGUUCUCCUCCACCACCCUACGAAUACAAAUCUCCACCACCUCCGGUGAAAUCCACUCCCCCACCGUAUGAAUAUAAAUCCCCUCCUCCUCCGGUAAAGUCUCCUCCACCUCCAUAUUAUUACCACUCACCCCCUCCUCCAGUGAAGUCCCCUCCUCCACCUUAUUAUUACAAUUCACCUCUUCCUCCAGUGAAAUCUCCACCACCACCGUAUUAUUAUCACUCUCCGCCACCACCGUAUUAUUACCAUUCUCCACCUCCUCCGGUGAAGUCUCCUCCUCCACCUUAUUACUACCAUUCACCCUCUCCUCCGGUAAAAUCUCCUCCUCCACCUUAUUACUACCAUUCACCUCCUCCUCCGGUAAAAUCUCCUCCUCCACCUUAUUACUACCAUUCUCCACCUCCUCCAGUUAAAUCUCCACCACCACCGUACUAUUAUCAUUCUCCACCUCCUCCGGUGAAAUCUCCACCACCUCCAUACUACUACCAUUCUCCGCCUCCUCCAAUGAAAUCUCCACCACCUCCAUAUUACUACCAUUCUCCGCCUCCUCCGGUGAAGUCUCCUCCACCACCAUACUACUAUCAUUCACCUCCUCCUCCAGUGAAGUCUCCUCCACCACCUUACUACUAUCAUUCACCACCUCCCCUAGUGAAAUCUCCACCACCACCGUACUACUACCAUUCUCCUCCUCCUCCCAUGAAAUCUCCCCCUCCUCCUUACUACUACAACUCCCCACCACCACCGGUGAAAUCUCCACCACCUCCUUAUUACUACAAGUCUCCUCCUCCAGUAAAAUCCCCACCACCUCCAUACUACUACCAAUCACCUCCACCACCACCAAAAGCCUACUCUCCACCUUACUACUACACAUCUCCACCACCGCCGGUCUCAUAUCCUCACCCCCAUCCUCACCCACACCCAAAACCACUUGUAUUCAAAGUUGUUGGUAAAGUUUACUGCUAUAGAUGCUACGACUGGACUUACCCUAAGAAGUCACACGACAAAAAGCAUCUCAAAGGGGCUGUCGUGGAGGUGACAUGCAAGGCAGGAGACAAAACGGUCAAAGCGUACGGUAAGACAAAGAUAAACGGUAAAUAUGCAAUCACCGUGGAAGGGUACAACUACCGCAAAUACGGCGGCGAGGAAUGCACGGCCAAGUUACACGCGCCACCAAAGGGAUCACCUUGUAAUAUUCCUACAAGUUAUCAUAUGGGUAACGAAGGAGCUAAACUUCAUGUGAAAUCAAAGACCAAGUACGAGGUUGUGCUUUACGCCAAGUCCUUUGCUUAUGCACCUAAGAAGCCUUAUGAGGAAUGCCGUAAACCAGCUCCUUACCACCCACCUUAUUACUACAAGUCUCCGCCGCCUCCAACUCCGGUUUACUACUACAAGUCCCCGCCGCCGCCUGCCCCAACUUACGUCUAUAAGUCGCCACCACCUCCAACUCCAAAGUAUGUCUAUAAAUCACCGCCACCAACUACUCCAACUUACGUUUACAAGUCUCCUCCACCACCAACUCAUUUUCCUACACCGUAUUACUAUCACUCACCUCCACCACCGGUUAAGUCUCCACCUCCACCGUACUAUUAUCAUUCGCCACCUCCACCAGUGAAAUCUCCACCACCACCCUACUACUACCAAUCUCCUCCACCUCCAGUGAAAUCUCCCCCACCUCCAUACUAUUACAAGUCUCCUCCACCACCGGUAAAAUCUCCACCACCACCUUACUACUACCACUCUCCUCCUCCUCCGGUCAAAUCUCCUCCACCGCCAUACUACUACCACUCUCCUCCUCCACCAGUCAAAUCCCCACCACCACCAUAUUACUACCAAUCCCCACCCCCUCCAGUGAAAUCUCCUCCACCACCAUAUUAUUACCAUUCUCCACCUCCUCCGGUGAAAUCUCCACCACCUCCAUAUUAUUACCACUCUCCUCCUCCACCAGUCAAAUCACCACCACCUCCAUAUUAUUACCACUCUCCUCCUCCACCGGUCAAAUCACCACCUCCUCCUUACUACUACCAUUCACCACCCCCGCCAAUGAAAUCACCUCCACCACCGUAUUAUUACCAUUCUCCUCCUCCUCCCGUGAAAUCUCCCCCUCCUCCUUAUUACUACCACUCACCACCUCCACCAGUCAAAUCUCCACCUCCUCCUUAUUACUAUCAGUCACCACCGCCACCAGUAAAAUCUCCCCCACCACCAUACUACUACAACUCACCUCCUCCACCAGUCAAAUCUCCACCACCACCGUACCAUUACAACUCUCCCCCUCCUCCCUUGAAAUCUCCACCUCCAGUCUACAUCUACGCAUCUCCACCACCUCCCAUCCACUACUAAACUCACCAAGCUUAACCAAAAUUCCCCAAUAUUCACGUUUUCUUUUAAAAUAUGUAAUAAAGAAAAAGUCUAUGAGGAGAUCAAGAAGUGAACCAAAUAAGGAUUGUCACAUUUCAGUCAGCGACUAUGAUUAUCUCAAGACGAACCACUUCACUUCCACUUCAUUAGGACUACUCAUCACCUUUCAUGUUUUCAUUCUAGCUUCUUCAUUUCAGAUUUGCCAAAAAUUGAAUUGUAAUUUAAUUGUUGUUCCAUGGAAUUUUAUCAUGUACAAGUCCACCUCUAUCAAAAUAAAAUUUGCAAUCAAA